AAAUAUUUAUUAAGCAAUUACUAAUGUUACUGUGCUGGGAGCUGAAGAUUAAAAAAAAGAAGUGAAACAGUUCCAGCCCUGAAAGUUCUUUCUUGGAUCACAAUACAGAGCUGUAAGGGACCUUAAAGUCUAGUUAGUCCUAUUCCCUCAUUUACAGAAGAGGAAGCUGAGGCAAAGAUAAGUUAAGUGACUUGCCCAAGGUCAGUCUGAAAUGGAAAUAGUGACUCCCUUCAUGAAGCUUAUAUCCUAGUAAGAGGAUAAAACACAAAUCAAGAUAGUUAAUUUUUUAAAUUGCAUGUUAAAUGUAUUAAGCAAUUGUGUAGCACUUUUGUGUUGGGUUGGUUUGGUGUACGUGUGUGUGUGUGUGUGUGUGUGUGUGUGUGUGUGUGUUUUUGUUUUUUUGGUGGUGGGAAGCUUAUUUAAAAGGAAAUCAUUACUAACCAGAGGAAAUCAGGGAAGGCUUCAAGGAAGAGGGAAUAUUUGAGUUGGACAUUAAAGAAUGGGAGGGAACUCAACAGUUAAAGUGACAUCUCAAAUUGAAUAUGUUUUAAAUGGAACUCAUUAUUCUACUAUCAUCCCAAACCCACUUCUCCAAAUUUCUCUACUUCUAUUGGGUGUAUCAACAUCUUUCCAGGUGCCAAGGUCACAAUGUUAGAGUUAGCCUUGACUCUUCCUUUGUCCUCCAUUCUCAAAUAGUUGCCAAUUCUUGUUGAUUCUACUUCUGUUAACAUCUCUCAAAACCAUCUCCUCCUUUCCAUUCACAAAUUCACUGAAGUAGUUUCAGCCUUCAUAACUUCUUGACCAGAGUAUUGUAUUAGCCUCCUAAUAAAUCUACACUCUUCCCUCUAUAAUCCUUUCUACGUAGAGCUGCCAAAACAGAUCUAACUAUGUCAUUCCCCCGCCCAAAAAGCCUUCAGUAGCUCCCUAUUGACUAUAGGAUAAAAUACAAACUCCCCAGCCUAAUGUACGAAACGUUCCUCACUAUGACUAUGUGUUAGGGCUAAUUCUAGCCCCCAGUAAUUAGUUUUAGUCAGUCUUAAAGAUGUAAAACACCCCCAGUUAGAAAGUACUAAACAAAAAGUCCUAAGCAAAUUUUAAUAACUAUAUUAUAAUGUUGAGUCUGCAGAGUAGAUCAGGAUGAUUAAGAGUUAACUCAGAAAAUCAGUCCAUGAACAAACUCAAUGACACCUUUGUUCUUUGUUUUGCUAUGAAGCCCCUUAUGAGGUAAUGGCUACCUAUGUAGAAGAAUGAAGCCCUGGGCUCUGUGAAAGUUUUUCAGAGUCCAGGCAAGGCCAUGAAAGCCCGACACCGAUUUCUAAGACAAAAGGCUCUAAAACUUACAAAGUGAACAACAGGGUUUCCUGUCAUCCUAAGACUACUGUAGAAAAGAAUGCAGUAUUACAGCUUUCUCCCAGGACACAGAAUUUUCAAGAAUUACAAUAUAAGAUUUUUUUGGUGCAGUAUAAUGAUAUUGCUGAUAUCUCAGUAAAGAAGAAGCUGUCACACUUCGAGAAGAUUGAUUCCAUGACCAGAAGACAGAUAACAGAAAAUGCAAGAGGAUCAAGAAACUCAAAUUUCCAGUCACCUAACUGAAACCAAGGAUGCCCUCUGUACAAGAUCUAAACAGAUUCAAAACGAACUCCUAGUAAUCCUAUUGCAACCUCCUAAACAGAAACUUCUGGAGUGUGAACAAAAAGUAAAGUUUCAUUUCAGCAUUCAUGAAUAUAAACAAGCUAUAAAAGAACUGGUGCGUGGUGUGGCACUAACAAGAAUUUGUUAUGGAGACCAUCAUUGGAAACUAGCAGAAGCGCAUGUUAAUUUGGCUCGAGGAUACCUACAGCUGAAAGGACUCUCAUUACAAGCAAAACAACAUGCAGAAAAAGCCAGAGAAAUUCUCCUCACCAAUUCAUCUUUGCCUGAAGAAAGCAUAGAUAUUUUCAGAUGUUCAAUUGACCUUUUUCAUACUUUGGGAAGAGCUCUAACUGAACUUCAGAAAUUAAAGGAAGCCUCACAAAAUUUAACAAAAGCUGAGAGACUUUCAAAGGAGCUAUUGGACCAUGGAAAACUUUUAAAGGAAGAAUGGGUAGAAAUUCAAGCCAGGAUCAAGUUGGCUUUUGCACAGCUGUACCAGAUCCAAAAGAAAUCAGAAGAGGCUCUGCCCUACUAUGAAGAAUCUUUGAAAUAUAUUGAGAGUAGUAAAGGUGAAAAGAGUCAAGACUGUAUCCCAGUAUUGAAGGAGAUGGCAGAUGUGGAACAGGCCCUGGGAAAUUAUAAUUCAGCAAUUGACCAUCUUGUACAGGCACAUCACAUCACCCAGGAUCAAAAUCCUUCCAUAGAAGAAGCCGCAGACUCAGCACUCUCAAUUGCCCAUGCUGCCAUUGCCUCUUCAAGACCUGAGCACAAUGAUGUGGCAGAGCAAUAUUUUCAAGAAAGUAUGACUAUCCUUAAGAAAGCCAGAGGAAUAGCCAAUGACAGAUUUUUUGCAAUUCAAGAUGAAUUUUGUCGUUUUCUUCGGACUACUGGUAAACUAAAGAGAGCAGCUCAAAUACUGAAGGAGUCACUAGAUGCCAAAGUAGCAACAUUUGGGGAUGUCAGUCCUGAAGUGGCAGGGACUUACUGUUUCCUUGGAGAAGCAGACCUGGCACAGGGAGACCAGAACAUGGCAUACAGGAAAUUUAAGAAGUGUCUUCAGAUUCAGACUCUCUUGUAUGGCUCUCAAGAUAAAAGGACAACAGCCACCCAACAGACUCUUGACUCAUUAUCAAAGAUUCCAGAGGGUACAGCAAGACAGAAACAAUCUAAUAAAGCAAGACCACCAUUUUGUGCUGUUGUUCCACAACACACCAUAUUAGGAGGGACUAAGACAAAUAUAUAUGACUGAUAUUUCUUACCUUCCCCAGUGUGAUUUGAUUUUGCCAUAUAACCAAAUGUUUAUGUUUUAGGUGCCAUGCAUUCUCCAAAUAGAAGAGUAAAGAGUACAAGAUAAUCCACUGCCCACUUAUUAAGUGCCUGCUACGUGUAUAGCACUGUGCCACAAGAGUACUUUAAGAAUGGCCUCACUGCCAUAACAUGUACUGACAGGGAACAGUGACAUAGUGAAUUGCCUAGGGGUCAUGUUUUUACAGUUGACUAUCUUUGGAUAGCUUGGUGUUUUUAUAAAAGAAUUGGAAUCACUUCAGAGUUUUUUUUCCGUGCUGAUGGAAAUUCUUUCUACCUAAUCCUUUCAACAUUCAAAACUGCCAAAGCAAUAAAAGAAAAUGUUUUGAGCUUUAAGCUAUAGCCAUUUAUGUACUUCUGAUUGAACACAUUAGCUUAUUGUACAGGUUUGGAGCAAUAAAAUCCAUAAAAAGCUUUUUUAUAAGAAGGCAAUAGUGACUGAGAAUGAAAUGCUAAUAAAAAAGGAACUUGAAACUACCA